GCUAGAGGGAGGUGGUGCUAUUGCGCACAAGGCGCUAACCCUGCGCAAACUACAGCACAACUGCGUGUAUAUUCCCCGACCGGUUGUUAUGGAUAAAUGUGGAGGGAGAGGUGAGCGCUCGGGGAUCAUUUCGACUUGAACACGUCUGCAGUAACAUCAGUGAUGCUCUAUUGGAGGCUCUGAAGUCUGUGCGCGCUGAGACGGAUCAAAUUUGGAGUCGCCAGCAGCAGUGCGCUUCAGCUGGACACAAGACACACGAUCUGGAGGACUGGUCGCAUCGUUUUCUUAAAGUUUGCUGCCUUUUUGCAUUUUUUUCUUCUUUACAGUGUGCAUUUGGAGCUGUUUAUAUUCUGUGUUUCUUUAAUAUGGGGAAAGCGUGCGUAUCGGGCUGAUAUGUUUUGGCUCCGUGGAAGUUUAACCCUGUGCCCGCGCUCCUGAACUCCCAUCUUUGCAUUUUAUUUAUUAUACUUUAACUGGACACUGCAGGAGGUUUAAAACGACGGAGGGAAAUGGCCAGCGAGCGGAAACCGCGGCUUUGUAUCAUGGCAAAAGCGGAGAACGGGUAUGGAUUUCACUUGCAUGGCGAGAAAGGGAAGAGCGGACAGUUCAUCCGCAAAGUGGAGCCUGGAUCCCCCGCAGAAGCGUCGGGGCUACGCGCCGGGGACCGUGUGGUGGCAGUAAAUGGAGUUAACGUGGAGAAAGAGACACACCACCAGGUGGUACAGCGGAUCAAAGCUGUGGACAACGAGACCAGGUUGCUGGUGGUGGACCACGAGACGCACGAAAGUCUGCGCAGCCUCCGCCUCACAGCCACAGAGGAGAUGGCCGUCCUCGGGACCGGGCCUCCUUCCUCUUCCUCUCCCCCAGCCUCCCCCUCGCCUUCCCCGUCAUCGGUCCCAUCGUCUCCCAGCAAGAAGCGGGAGAACGGCUCGGUGUCCAAGCAGCCGGUGGCGCUGAGCAGCCAGGUGCAGAAGCCCACCAGGAGGUCACCAUCAAAGGCUGCGAAGAAGGAGGCUCUUGCCCAGGCUGAAGCCCAGGCCCAGGCCCAAUCACGGACCCAAGUCGACCCGUCUGAGCUCGUUCCACGUCUGUGCCACCUCAUGCGGUCUGAGACGGGCUACGGCUUCAACCUCCACAGUGACAGAUCCCGGCCCGGACAAUACAUCCGCUCCCUGGACCCAGGAUCCGCUGCAGACCACGCCGGGCUCCGACCGCAAGACAGGCUGAUUGAGGUAAAUGGUGUGAACAUCGAGGGCAUGCGGCAUGCAGAGGUGGUGGCCUUCAUAAAGAAAGGUGGAGAUGAGACCUGGCUGUUGGUGGUCGAUCCAGAGACAGACGAACACUUUAAGAGGAGGGGGAUCGUCCCCACAGUCAGCCAUAUCAGAGAUUACGAUGGUCCUUCCAUAUCCAACGGCUCCCCCAACCCUCAGAUCAACGGCAGCUCCACCACACAGUCCAUCAGGUCCACACACUCCGACCUCAGCAGCCAGGGCAACAGCACACAGCUGGCGGAUGAUGACGGUGGCCGGAUGGACCCUUUUGCCGAGAUGGGCCUGAGUCUGAGCGCUACGGCAGCAGAAGAGAAGAUGAAGGUCCACGCCAAAGAAAAGAAGAAGGCGCCGCAGAUGGACUGGAUGAAGAAAUACGAGCUGUUCAGCAACUUCUGAGACUUUCCCCUCCGCGGACUCUGUAAACACCACAGAUCUGAGCUCUCUGCAGCUCACUCCCUCAUACAACCGAAGAUAUUUUGUUCCUGGAAUUCAAUGUGACGAAAGGAAAAGGUUGUACGACGGAUUCUCUUUUAAGCCACUAUGGAGACUCUUUACCAGCUAUGUUACCCUCUUCAAAACAAAGUGCUGACUGCAAAAACUGUGUAUACUUUGCUACAAUCACACUGUUCAGAAGGAAGAACAUUUUGAAAAGCUCCAGAUACGUGUACUUCUAUUAGAUGGGAGUCUUGCAAUCAAGUUUUCACAAAUUUGCCUAAAUCCUCAUCACCUUUUCUCCACUUCGAUCACCCCAUUAUCCCCGCUCAUAGAGACUCAAAUAAGGGAGACAGUUAUUUUUAUAUUUAAAAAGUAUAAACACCUAUUAAAAACAGUAUCCCAUCAUCACGGACUGCAUUUUAAAGAGUUUUAUGGACACUGUGACAUUAAUGAUUGUGGACAUUGUGGGAGUUUUGGCCCAUCAGUCAGAGGAAGCCCAAAGUUGGCAGAAGAUCACUGUGAAAGAGUUGAGACCCUCCACCUCGAGCAAAGAUGUUCGAUCACAAUCACUGACAAAGAAAAGGAUGGCUGUGUGUAAUGUCUCCUACAUGUAUUUGUAUUUUUACAUAGAGUUAAUUAACUGGUCGUCAGAUCAGCUCGGCUUUACUUGUUAUUUUAGCACUCAGUCUUACUAAUGUAUCACCACUAACCUCUUUUCCCAAAGUGCUCCAGUGGACGUGCAUAACCAAGGGAAGCACCACUAACAUUAAAUUUAUUGAUAAAGUAAACAAUGGAAACUGGAACGUCUUAGAAAGGAAGGUUUUCUCAGGGCAUGAUGAAUGAGUGAAUCAUUAGAGGGGGCUUGAUGUGUGCAGCAGAGGGCAAACUGACACCACAAAUACAGGCUCCUCUUGACACUUAAACUAAACAGACUAAAUGUUUAUCCUGGCUGUUUUAUCAGGGUUGUGUCGGACUGUUUCUCAGGCCUUGUUUACACAUAUACAGAUAUUUUUGAAAGCUUAUAUUUUCCCCUCUGUUUUAUAAGAUAAUUCUGAUACGAGUGAUGCUCUGGACAUGCUGAAAUCCCACUCCAGAAAGUGUCCCACUAUCUGCUUGUUCAACCAAGUCUGAUCCAAAACUGUUGUUUCUGGAGGACUCUAAACUGCAGGUGCUGAGCUGGAGCAAAACCAUUGGAUGCAGCCAUAGAUUUAAAGAUAACAGAAUACAGGACCCCAAGAUGGCGCCUAUUUGUUCUAAUGGAAAUACACCAAAAAGUGUUAAAGCUUCCAGGUUUACUUCAGCAUGUAGUGUUUCUCCAGUUGCUCCGCCCACAAGGUCCUGCUCAACUUAGAGACUUCACAUUGUGAUGAUGUCAUGGAUUUUAAAUCACAUUUACUAGCUUGAGUUUUCAGAUAUAAAAUCUCCAUGGCUCAAAAACGCAUCAUAGAAAGUCAUAAUUGACCUUGUGUGCAGUUUGAGGUGUCUCGUCAAUAGUUUGACAGAUGUUGCAGGGUAUUUUUUUCGCUGCAAUACUGCGAGGGGCCACUUGAAAAAAUUCCCAAGGGUUCCUGGGGUCCUGGGUGCAGCUGACAACUCUGUUGGUCUGCAAAGUGGUGCAACAACACUAAGUUUAAGUUUGAAGUAGUCAUAAUAAUAAUAGGCAUGCCAAUACAGUCUCACUCUGACCUCUUUACAUAUUGACGUUUGGUCAUGGACUUUCCACGUCCACAUACUACAUGCAAGGUACCCUGAGUGCGAUGGUUGUUGACAUUCUGGGACACUGUCAAGUUCUGCCAGUUACAUGCAUUGUCUUCUUUCAAAAUAAACACACUAUGUCAGUGCAACAAUGCAAAUUGACGCUUUUUUCCUGUAGGAAAAAAUAAUGGGUUUGGCUUUAUAAUCUCAGGGGACGCAAACACCACUCUCCCAGGUGAACGUCAGUGUUUGUUGGACCCAUCCACCACCCCUCUCGCCUGCCCUACUCGCACUUUCGCCGUCUUAUUUCCAUUCUCGUCCUGCUCAUUUCCCCCUGAGCACUGUUAAACCAAAAUGGCGACUGGCCAUUUAUCUUGCCAACAUUAAAGGACGCCUUUUUUUUGUCAAUGUCUGACGCUGCAAGUCACUGCCCAAGCACUGGAUUUCGACGACUUUAAGUGAGACUGGGUUGGGCAUGCACAAAUUAAGGACAUCAUUUCCCACACGUUCCAUUUUACACGCCCACACAGAUAAACAGUAACUGAACUUUUAGAAAACCUUUCAGAGACCUACAACUCUGAUUGUGUGGAGACGAGGCAAAAAAAAAAGUAGACGCAAAUAUUUGCAUACAUGUACACAAGGCCUUAGUUAGGAGCCGUAACUUCCUGGAGUAUUCACUGGUUGCCUGGCAACAGCUCAAGGCCAAGAAACAGUCUGGUACAAAACUGCAUAUUGUAGUUUUUAUACUUGUAGACAAACAAGACAUAACAGGCUAAUUAGUGAACUUACGGGGUGCCAGGCUAGCUGUUUCCCCUGUUUCUACUCUUUGUGCUAAGCUAAGCUAACUGGCUGCUUGCGUUAGCUUCAUAUUCAACAUGCAGACAUGAGAGCGUUACAGAUCUUCUUGUCUAACUUUCCAACAGAAAGCAAGAGUAUUUCCCAGGAAGGUCAUAUUAUUCCUUAAAUAAGAAUAGGGUGAGGAAAGAGGCUCAGAAGUGCAACAUGAGUGUGAGCAGGUCAUGGGGCGGAGAGAGAGCAGGAGAAGCUACACAGUGAGGUCAGAGAUGCUCUGAAGGAUCUAGUGAAAGAGACUGUGGGAGCCAUGGAGCUUACAGAGGAUUACUACACACACAGGGACAGCUGUCAUACACACAUUUGGAGCACGAUCUGUGUGUGUGUGGACUGGAGAAGGUAUACAUGCUGCAAUCCACGCAGUGUUGACACAAUGCAUUACAACAAGUGGAGAGUCAUCUAUGUGGACAUCUUGUCUUUGUUUUGUAUCCAUUCACACCCUUUACAGAGCUCACACACUACUCUAACGGUAGUGUCUAGAUUCAUCCUCGUACAUCCGUCUGUGUGUGGAGUAGGGCUCACUCUGUUUGUUCUAACAGUCACAGCAAAAACUCUAUGUUACCAUGGCUGAUGUAUAUACAGUAAAGCAUACAGUAUAUAUGGCAGGUUGCAUUUUUUUCAAUAAAGUGUGACAAUGGCG